CUAAGUAACCUGAAACAAGUCACAGUUGUGGAUGUGUCAGCAAACAAGUUCCAUUCUAUUCCAAUUUGUGUACUCCGGAUGUCUAAUUUGCAGUGGUUGGAUAUUAGCAGCAACAACCUGAAAGAUCUCCCAGAAGACAUAGACAGGUUAGAUCAAUUGCAGACGCUUCUCCUACAGAAAAAUAAGUUGACUUACCUUCCACGAGCUCUGGUCAACAUGCCAAAGCUCAGUUUGCUAGUUGUCAGUGGCGAUGACCUGGUUGAGAUACCCACAGCCGUCUGUGAGUCAACCACAGGUUUAAAAUUCGUAAGUCUCAAGGACAGCCCAGUUGAAACUAUUGUAUGUGAAGAUACUGAAGAAAUUGUAGAAAGUGAACGGGAACGGGAACAAUUUGAGAAAGAGUUUAUGAAAGCAUAUAUUGAAGACCUAAAGGAAAGGGAUUCUACUCCUUCCUACACUACAAAAGUAUUACUGAGUCUUCAGCUCUGA